AUGCUCCGUUCUCUUCUAAUUGCAGCCAGCGCUGUGGCAAUGGCUCUCGCUUUUCAUCAGUAUCGAGAGCUUAAGUGCUCAACCCCUACCAAUACGAUCCGCGGUGGUCCUGAUAGGGCGGAGUGCCAACUCAUUCUGAAGGAAGAAGAGCUAGAGACGGGCAGACCUGUACCUAAAGGUCUUGGCUGCUGGAAGGAGGAUCACGAAGGGGAGGAGCGAGAAUACUGUGACCUGGUAUGCCCCAAAUCACAUACUGUCUUCAUCUCAUACAUCGAUCAAGGUCAUCGUGCUUGCUUCAACUAUGUAACCUACCAGAUUGAGAAACGCGAGGAAGAGCGAUACUUGUGGCGCAGCGGAAAAUGCCUGAACUCCACUGUCAACUACCGCAUCGGAUGCAAAUUCGAUGAUCCAUUCGAGACCCAGUUCAAGACCGACAACGAGAUUCUCGCUCGCCUUCGUGCUCGUGCUCGUCGUGCAUAA